GCUAAUUGUCACGUCAACAGAUCACGGAUACAUUCAAAAUAAAAGAAAGAACCAACAUGAUGAAAUACGAGUAAUAUGUCUUGCUUUUAUCUUGAUUAGUCUGGAAAGGUUAUGAGUCGACAGUUAAAUCGAUUGCUGUUUGUUUCCAUGGUUACUUACGCCUAUAUACAAACAUCUAGGCAGCAUUCUUACAAAUGAGUAAAAUAUUUGCGGGUUAAAAAUAAGUAAUUAGUGGGACUGAGAAGUUUCGGAGAUGCCCGAGUUAGAGGAGCAAGUGUACUGUUCAGAGCAGAUAUUCAUACCCCCAACCUUCCCGUUUCUGCUAAAGCAAUACGCUAAAGCUGCUAUAAGAAGUCAGCCAACAGAUUUGUUGCAAUGGUCUACAUCUUACUUCCGUUGCCUAUCGCUGAAUAUUCCUCCGCCAGUAAAGCCUCGACUUGAGUAUCCCAUCGUUAAAGAUUACUGCAGCAUCACACCAGGUUGGCUAAAAGCGUUGCUGCAUCAACUGCAGAAUACGCAUGCGUUACCAUUCAAAGUUCUGUGGGAUCGCUGGACAGGGGCUUGCCUGGACCACAAAAUUAUGAUCCGAAUAUUAUGCUUAGGGAAAUUCGACAAUCCCAAUUCUAUACCGUGGAUCAAGUUUUUAGGACUAUGUGCGGCACAUUUGACAGAGGACUUAACCCACACAAUGAUCCUUAUUUGUGAAAUAUUGACAGAAGAACCCGAAGGAGGAUCAGCAAUGAUACCUUUAAAAGUAUUCCUUGAUUUGUACGUAUUUCUGGCUAAAACGGACGCAUCUAAACCUCAGAUUUUGAAAAAUAUCCAAUUUACUGAGGCUGAGAUAAACAUUUGGAAGGAAAAGGUGGGAGAAACAGCAAUAGAUAGGCCGCCAGUAGAAAUAGAGCAGCAUGGAGGCAAUAUUUCUACUUACAUCAGGAAUAAUAUAUCACUUGAAUCUAUAGAGAAAAGCGAUCAGAGUCUGGAUACAUCAAGACAGAGUGAAGGUAACGAAAUGGAAGACCAAGGGAGAAGAGUUAGUACUAAGCAAAAGGGAUCUAGCCAUGACAAAACUGCGGAACCUAGUGAAAGCAUGUCAAAGGCUGUCGCAAACUGCGAAAUAAAUCAAGAACAGAAUCAAACUUCAGAAGCAAAAGGCAGAGAAUGUGUGGUGAGUGCAGAAAAAAGUGGAUCCAACAUUCAGGAGGGACAAGUAACAAAUAAAGAAUCAGUAUCAUUGGAUAUUGAUGAUGUUAUGAAGAACGGUUCGAUAUGCUUAAAGGGCAUCGCUCAAACAUCUGAUGAAAGUGCAGGGUCAGUGGAUAACUCAGUGACGUCAGAUGUGAAGAGGAUAUUCCAUGAGAAUAUACCUAUUGAUGAUCCUGUGAACAAGAUGGAAGAUAAUACAAAUGGCAAAAUUUCUGAGGAGAACGAGGUCAUAAGCCAUAGCGAGCCAUUUUCAUAUGGAGAAAUACACAUCGACGCCAUCCCUGGAAUUGGACCUCCUGUACCCGAUGAACUUAUACAGGCAGUUUGUGAAUACAUGGAAAAGGUUGCCGCGACACAGCGCGGGAUGGUGAUGCCCAGAAAUAUCAGAAACUACAAUUGUCCUCCUUUGGAGGUACUUGAUUACUAAAUGUCCAUUUAUCCCAUUUACACGGAUCCUCAACCCGGUUUAGAUAAAACGGACGUAACCUGAUCUGCUUAUACCUCACUUUGAAAAAUCGAUCCACAUCAAGACCAGUAAUGCCGGCAAUAUCGCCAAACUGUACAGAGUAUAACACGAAGACUGCAACGGAUUACUAGGAAAGUAGACGCUAAUCAAUUACGAAAAUGGAACCCACUGGGUUUUCAAAAUGGUGGAUCUUUCGGUUGCCUUUAAAUGGGACACCGUAUAUUAUUCAAUUUUCGGAUUUAACGCAACAUUAUGAAGCAAUUUCAUGUACAUUAUCCUAAAGCAGUGCCAUAAAUCCAACCGUUUUUUAUUCAUUUUUCUGCAUUUGCGUCUUUCCCAUACGAUUUUAAGCGGUUUCCUUACAGGACGGGGUUUACUGAAAUAGACUAUUUGAUAUUUUAUUUAAAUAAUAUAGCUUUUCAAAUUGGUAGUUUCAGGUAUAUUUUGAAUAUUUUCAUACAACAAUAAUACAUCACAUGGUUUUACUUUCCACGGCUACUGGCGAGGAAGAAUUGUAAUCGCGAAAAAUUUCGAAAAUGAGAUACUCUGUUUUUUGGAUAUUGAAUCACAUGAACAUAUGAACAACAUUAUUUUUAAGUCUUAAAAUUGCCCAUCUUUCUACUUUUUUUUUCAUGUUGCGUAGUUUUCUUUUAAUUGAAUAUUGAAAUUGCCAACAUAUUUAUGACCCACCGUGUAUAUGUAUGAUACACCCUAUUUCACGAGUAUCCAUCACGGAACAAUGACAGCUAGUUAUCUAGUAAUAUUUCAAAAUUCCCCAUAUCAACACACGACACAAUUAAUUCUGAGGAAUCGGUGAACUCCAGGUAGACAGACCCGUAUUUUGUUGUGGUUCUUUGUACGCGCAGAUUCAUUUUGUAGUGGCUAAAUACUUUUAUUUAAAUAAGUUUCUUUGCAUACAAAAAAAUCUACAAUCACAAUGGCUACUAAUGACCAUGCCAACGUUACACAUUAACAAUUAACACAAAGAUGUCGCUUUUGUGAUCAGGUGUUCACCGUAAAGCGUGAUCGAUGCUCCUGAAAUAAGGUUUAGGCCAUGUUCGAGUAACAUAGUUAGAGUACUAGAAAGCAAGGCCGACUAUGCGAAAAAUAAAAUUGGUUACGUUCACUUGCACUCAGCGGCUAAAGCAACGCGGUAUGAGCAUGCUCAGAAGAUUGUGUCCAUUCAGUAUUUGAGCUGAAGCAACCUUUAUAUCCAUACCGCACUUUGCCUCAGCAGCUGAAUGCAAGACCUUUGACACGCUAGACGGGAUUAUCGGUCAGUAGCUAAUUGUACGACCUACUUAUGCUAAAAUGUUUAUACGGCCAUUUGUUUUAACUGGUUACACAUAUAGUAUGUCACUGUUAUAGAUUAUCAUCGAUUUUUUUAAGGUGAAUCUGUAAACUCAUAUACCCAAUAAAACUCGAUAUCAGCUUAUACUAUGUUUACAUCUUGUACAAUUGAUUUUGUUCCUACCUGUAUUUAGAUAUUGGUUUGGGGAGAAACAAUCCCAGGUUGUAAAGACAAGGGUAUAUCCACUAUUCUGUUGGCAUGGAUUGUUCGAAAUGCUUUUCCAUGAUAUCAACUUUUAAUCUCUUUAACACCCGUUUUUCCACAUGCUGUAUUGUUCUGUAUGUAAAUUCUUUGGAAAAGUGGGGGUAAUUCUGUGCAUUGCGAAUGAAUAUUGUCUAAUUAAUCAGUCGCUCACCCCUCCUGGACCACAAUGAAUACAACGUUGUUACAAUUUCUUUUUACGGCCG